AUACUUUGAAUAGUGAGGACAUUUUAACAAAAUACCCACAUGAUUUGCAUGAACAGCAAAGUCUGAGAAGCUGUAUAGUACAGCUGAAGCUGUAGGCAUUAAGGAACUUUUAGGAAUAUCCUGAGAGCUAUGGCAUGAUAAGCUGUGGGCUAGUUUCUGGGAAUAAGUCAUUUUCUCAGGGUACAGAUGAUGCCAUUAUGUGCAUACAAACAUCGGUAGUUCCCCAGGGUAGCAGACAAAGGAUUAUAAUAUGUGGGAAAUAUUCAAGAUCAGCUAUAUUUGUUACUUAAUCCUCACAUUAACUCUGAGGCAGGGACUAUUAUAAUUGCCAACUUCUAGAUGAGGCUAAUGGUUAUGGUCUCAGAUUCUACAGCUAGGUUUAAAUAAACUUGUUGUGUUCAAAGUUCACAGGUUUAAGCUGUCCUGAAUCCCCUGGUUCAGCACUCUGACAACGAUGAGAGAAGCAGAGGGGUCUCCAUCGUGCAGGAUGGCCAAUGACCUUGUGCUAGCAUUCAUGCUGGGCAUUUCUGGGUCAUCUCUCCCCUGCACUUGAAGCUGAAGAGCUAAGCCUCCCUGCUCCUGCUGUCACAGGCCCAAUCCCCUUUCCCCUUCCCUUCCGGUUCUGCUAGACUUGGCUGACACCUGAGCAUCAGAGGCUGGAAGGAAAAUGCAGGCUACUGAAAACCAAAGAAAGGGACUGCGGGUCUCCUGGCGGCAGCGGCGGCGGCGGCUCCAGAGCGGGUGGGACUGCGGCGGCCAGAGGCAUGGCAGGGCAGGCGUUUAGGAAGUUUCUUCCCCUCUUUGACUGGGUUUUAGUCGAAAGGAGUGCAGCUGAAACUGUAACCAAAGGAGGUAUCAUGCUACCAGAAAAAUCUCAAGGGAAAGUGUCGCAAGCAACAGUAGUGGCUGUUGGAUCGGGUUCCAAAGGAAAGGGUGGAGAGAUUCAACCAGUUAGUGUGAAAGUUGGAGAUAAAGUUCUUCUCCCAGAAUAUGGAGGCACCAAAGUAGUCCUAGAUGACAAGGACUAUUUCUUAUUUAGAGAUGGUGACAUUCUCGGAAAGUAUGUGGACUGAAAUCAUUCUUAAAACGGGAUGAAGCGAAACUGCCCAUUCCAGUGAAGUAGUGAAAUCUUGCAUCAUUGUAAAUAAUUUUCAUGUCUC